AUGAGCAGACACCAGUUCAUACUGUCGCUUCUACACAGACACCAGCACCACCGCCGAGCCAUUCAACAGUUGCAUUCCCUUUUCCUUGUACAUGAAAUUGAAAAUGCUAACAUAGUACUCACAGUUUGGAACUCUAUAAUUAAACACUAUUCGCUCGGUUCAUUGCCUAAUGAAGCUAUAUUUCUCUUCAAACAUCUCAUUUACAAAUAUAAGCCUGUAUUUUUUGAUAGCUUUACGUACUCCUAUCUCAUCAAGGCCUGUGCCAAUUUAAAACGAACCAGAGUAGGAAAUCAGCUGCACUGUUUGAGCGGCAAAGUGGGGUUUGAGUUUCACGUUUAUGUGCAAACUGCAGUUGUUAAUAUGUAUUUAGAUUGUGGGAGUUUGGUAGAAGCAAAGAAAGUGUUCGAUGAAAUGCCUGAAAGGAAUUUGGUGACAUGGAAUGUUUUGAUAUCCGGGUUUUGUAAGUGGGGUGAGAUUGAAUCGGCAAGGGCUGUUUUUGACGUGAUGCCGGAGAAAAAUGUGGUUUCUUGGACUGGUUUGAUAGAUGGGUACACGAGGAUGAAUCGAUUCAAUGAAGCAUUGUCAUUGUUUCAAAGAAUGGUUGUGCAUGAGGGCAUCAAGCCUACUGAAGUUUCUCUUCUUGCCAUUUAUCCGGCCAUUUGGAAUGUUAGAGCACAAGUCGAGGAACUGCAGAUACAUGAGAAAAGUCUGGCUUAUCUUGGAGAUAUUGGACAGCAAGCAUCCUUGAGGCAUGCUGUCGAGCUGUUAUCCCUGGGUGGCAGCAUAGUUGCUAAAAUGAAUGAUCGCGGUAAUAUUUGCAAGGUGCUUAGAUAUAAGUUGGUUGAGAAUUCUUCUGCUAGGCACCUUCAGAGAAAUGAUAUGAAGUUGAAUGGAACUGGGAAGGCCGAGGCCUCUGCACUAGUGUGGUUUAUAAAUAAAGAGAACUUUGGUCGGAGCUCCGGUGACACCUUCACAGUACCAGCUAGUACCCAUGUACUUGUCCUCUUUUUCUUGCUUCAAAUUUUACUUCUGCGUUGGGUUGAUUGGUACCUCGUUCUUUAG